GAAGGUACGCGUGUGAAAUUGCUCUAGAUUUCAUUCAAAUAGUGUCUGGAAUCACCAUUGAACAUCAAUUCGAAGUAUUAGGGUUACAAUCUCUCUGGGGCGAGUGCGCACUGAGUUUUCGAUCGUCCAAUUUGUAACGAGUGCCUUACGGCUUUACAACCAUGAGUCGUUUCUUUGCUACGGGGUCAGACUCUGAUUCUGAUAGCUCCUCUGAAGAAGAGCAGAUUAUCCGCCAGCCAACUGCUGCAUUUACUUUCAGCGAUGAAGAAGAAGAUACCAAACGAGUUGUUCGUUCGGCCAAGGAGAAACGCUAUGAAGAGAUUACAAAUCUUAUCAAGCAGAUCCGAAAUUACAAAAAAAUUAAGGAUAUGAGCAGUUUAUUAUCAAGCUAUGAGGACCUUAUGCGGGCAUACACUAAAGCGUUGCCUGUCAUCACCAAAGAGGAAAAUGGUAUUACGCCUCGCUUUUACUUGCGAUGCCUGGUAGAAGUUGAGGACUUUGUCACGGAAGUUUGGGAAGAUAGGGAUGGCAGGAAAAACAUGUCAAAGAAUAACUCAAAGUCUUUGACUUCAUUGCGUCAAAAAAUGAGGAAAUACAUCAAAGAUUUUGAAGAAGAGAUGACAAAAUUCCGUGCCAGUCCUGAUCAACCUGAUGAAGAUGAGGAGGAGGAGAAAGAUGAGAGUGAUGAUUCUUCUGACGACGAAGAUAGCCAUCCUGUUGUAACUAAGAAGCCUAGUGUGGAGCCUGUCUCAGAACCUAAGAAAGUUGCUGCUGAAGGUGGUGAUGAUGGGGAUGACGACAGUGAGACUGACUGGGGUUCUGACAGUGAUACUAGCUCUGAAAGCAGUGAUGACGAGAACCAGUACACGAGUGUGCGUGAACGCUUCUUGAAGAAGGCUGUAGACAAGGAUGAUGAGGAUAAGGAAAAGCCUCCAGGACCCAAAAAGGCACCCAAGAGAGUUCCCAAGAAGAAACCCAAGGAAGAAGACUCUGAUGAUGAUGGAGGCAAAUGGGAAACUGUGAAAGGAGGAGUUGCCAUUCCAUCAGAGAAGCCUAAAAUGUUCGCCAAGGAUGCUGAAAUCAAUGUAGAUCUUGUUGUCAAGAAAUUGAUUGAAAUUGUUGCUGCUCGUGGAAAGAAGCGUACAGAUCGCCGUGAGCAAAUUGAAUUGCUUCAUGAGCUCCUCCUUGCGUCAGAGCACCAUAAUCUUGGGCAUGCUGUGGCUAUCAAGAUUAAAUAUUCUAUUGUCUCAUCAAUCUUUGACUACAAUCCCAAAGUGUCAGAUGCCAUGAAACCUGAGUAUUGGGCUAAACUCUUGGAGCAAAUUAUUGAUAUGAUGGACCGGAUGAUUGCUGCUAAGAAUGUUAUUAUGAAUGAAAGCAUUUUGGAAGAUAAUGAACAAUACGAGACAGCUCCUUACAAACUUCGAGGAUGUGUUCUGACUAUUGUGGAAAGGCUUGAUGAAGAGUUCAUUAAGCUUUUGAAAGAGUGUGAUCCUCAUUCAAAUGAAUAUGUGCAAAGAUUGAAGGACGAGAAAAGGGUAGUUGAUAUCAUUGACAAGGUUCAGACCUACCUUGAAAAGCAAGAGGACAUUGAUGCUGACCUCUGUCGUAUAUACAUGCGCAAGAUUGAGCAUUUAUACUACAAGUUUGAUCCCACAGUCUUGCAACAGAAGCAAGGAAAAUUAGAACCUGGCACUCAGACUAGUGUGCAAGUUAUGGACAGACUCUGCAAGUUUGUUUAUGAUAAGGAUCAAACAGACCGUCUAAGAACGCGGGCCAUUCUUUCGCAUGUGUACCACCAUGCUCUCCAUGAUAAUUGGUUCCAGGCCCGAGACCUCAUCCUCAUGUCUCACUUACAGGAGGCCAUUCAGCAUUCUGACCCUCCUACUCAGAUUCUUUACAACCGGACAAUGGCACACUUGGGCUUGUGUGCUUUUAGACAUGCAAACAUUAAAGAUGCCCAUAAUUGUCUGGUGGAUCUAAUGAUGACAGGAAAAAUGAAAGAACUCUUGGCUCAAGGUUUACUACCAACGAGGCAAAAUGAUCGAACCAAGGAACAGGAAAAAGUUGAGAAGCAGCGUCAGAUGCCAUUCCACAUGCAUAUUAAUUUAGAACUUUUGGAGUGUGUUUACAUGGUAUCAGCAAUGCUCAUUGAAAUCCCUUACAUGGCAGAACACGAGUUCGACGCCCGCCGAAGAAUGAUCUCCAAGACUUUCUAUCAGCAGCUGAGAUCAAGUGAAAGGCAGUCACUCCUUGGGCCUCCUGAGUCCAUGCGAGAGCACGUUGUUGCUGCAUCCAAAGCCAUGCGUAAUGGAAACUGGAAGGCUUGUAAUAAAUUCAUCAUUAAUGAAAAGAUGAAUGCUAAGGUUUGGGAUCUUUUCUAUCAGGCUGAUGAAGUACGAUCCAUGCUUACAAAACUGAUCAGAGAAGAGGCAUUGAGGACCUAUCUUUUCACAUACUCCCAUGUUUAUGACUCCAUUUCUAUGGCAACUUUGGCUGAAACUUUUGAGCUUGAACCAAGUGUUGUGCAUUCCAUCAUCAGUAAAAUGAUCAUCAAUGAGGAACUUAUGGCUUCGCUAGACGACCCGACCCACACCGUGGUGAUGCAUCGCAGCGAACCCAGCCGGUUGCAGUCCCUGGCGCUGCAGCUCACCGACAAGGUCAACAGCCUUGUGGACUACAAUGAACGUGUAUUCGAAACAAAGCAAGGUUUCUUCAACCGCGGCGGCAACCAAGGAAACUUCCGUGAUCGCCAGAACUAUGAUCGACGCGGCCAAGACUGGGGUCGCCAGAGGAGAGAGCGCGAGCAGCGAGCAUACUGAUAGACAGUAAUUUUUUUUUUUUAUGAAUUUAUCAAUCAGUCCAAUUCAUUUUGGGUUUAAGUGCUAUUCUGGAAACCUGAAUUAUUAAACACCUACCAUAUUUAGUAAUUUCA